AUGAUAAAUAAAUUAUAUGCAUCAUAGAAAUGACGUAUAGCCGAUAUAAAAGAAAAGAAGGCGGAAAAGCUUAAAUGAGGCUAUUGAUCAUUCUGCUGUUAUUUCUUUUCUUUUUUUUAAGGAAAGAUAAUGAGAAAAUUUUAUGAUAAGGCAUAGAGGUCGAAAGUGAAAAGACGUGCAGAUGACGCAUGCAGAGCACAACAAGUAUAAAGCUAUCCAUGAUAAAAUAUUUCAUCGCAGAACCCAUUAAAAGAAUAAACGAUUGGAAAUGCACACUGAGCGAAUUAUUAACUCGAUGUAAAAUCAUUUGGCAAGCUCUCGUCAACCAAAAAAAUUUCCGUAAAAAUGAUCAGAAGAAAUUUUAAAAGAAUCACACAAAACAACCUCACUGACAUUUCACGCGGAUCAACAGGUAGACGACGCGAUAACAGAUCAUUAUCUGCAUUGGACUCGUAAGUUAAAUUGUAUGCAUGACAGACAGAUAAGCUGACUGAUAAAUACAAAGCGAUUUCGUGUUGCAAGUGAGGGUUGUCCAGUGUCAAACGGUAUUCCCGUGCAAAAUAUUAUACUAAAUAGUAGUUCGCACAAGUUUUUGUCUUGCUAGUCUCGUGUGCAAUUAAGCUUAAAAUGUCAUCGACUAAACCUGUAAACGUAGAUGGCAUCCAAUUCAAUCGCAGUGAUCACUUGGGGAGUGGUGGUUUCGGCUCAGUGUAUCGUGGUAAAUAUAAAGACCAAAGCAUAGCAGUCAAAAGAAUUCUGAAGAAAGCCGACAGAAAACCACUAGUUGACAAAGAGUUAAACAUUCUGAAGCAGUUAGACCAUCCCAAUAUAGUUAAACUCCUUCACUUCGCAAGCGAUGACGACUUCGAUUACUUUGCUUUAGAAUUGUGCGACGCAUCCUUGGAUCAAGUGUUCCCUAAUCAGGGUGAACCUCGGAAAUAUAAUGGACCUAUGUUACCGAAUAAUUUUGAGGUUUUCUCCCAGUUAGCCUCUGGUCUGAAACAUAUUCAUUCACGGAAUCUAAUCCACCGAGACAUUAAACCGGAAAACAUUCUAAUUUCUGUGAAACCUACUGACCAAGGCAAUGAGACAACGAUGAAAUGGGCUGAUUUUGGAUUGUCCCGAGAAGUGAGUGAACGAGGAACAUAUAAAAUGAGUGGAAUCAGAGGGACUACACUUUGGUUCUCUCCCGAAGAGUUGGAAAUACUCUCCGGAAAAAACAUACUGAUUAUUCAACAAACUAAAGGCUCCAUCAAAAGCGACGUUUACGCAGAAGGACUCGUCUUCGGUUAUAUUCUUUUGAAAGGAAGUCAUAUCUACGGUGAAAAUGAUUCAGAAAUUAGGAGUAACAUCAUGAAUGACAAGUCUGUUAAUAUGAAUCAAAUUCACGAAUCGCAUUGGGCACGUAACUUGAUAAAGAAAAUGUUGUCCAAGACACCUGAUACAAGAAUCACGUCUGAAGAAGUCGUUAUUCAACUUCAAUCCAUAAAAAUUGAACUAAAAGAAGGAGAACAAAAACUGCUUCGGCUGUGUGCAGAUACGUGUCCAACGUCGGAUUUUAGAAAUCAAAUCAAAACUUUAAUACGACUCGGCAUCGACUUGAACGCAAAGAACAAAGUUGGAUGGAAUGCGCUUCAUCUUUUCUGUCGUUACAAUUCAACCCCCCACUUAAUCGAGGCAAUUAAAGUCUUGAUCGAUCUCGGCAUCGACAAGGACGCAAAAACCAACAUUGGAUCGAGUGCGCUUCAUCUUUUGUGUCGUAACAACUCAGCCCCCCACUUAAUCGAGGCAAUUAAAGUUUUGAUCGAUCUCGGCAUCGACUUGAACGCAAAGAACAACGAUGGAUGGAAUGCGCUUCAUUUUUUGUGUUACAACAAUUCAACCCCUCACUUAAUCGAGGCAAUUAAAGUCUUGAUCGAACUCGGCAUCAACUUCGGCAUCGACUUGAACGCAAAAGACAACUCUGGAUGGAAUGCGCUUCAUUUUUUGUGUCGUUACAAUUCAACCCCACAAUUAAUCGAGGCAAUUCAAGAAUUGAUCAAACUCGGCAUCGACAAGGACGCAAAGACGGAAAAUAUGACGCUUACGAAAACUUAA